GGCGGCGGGAGGGCUGGAUUUGCGUGAGCGGGGCUGGAUCUGCUGUACACAGCCUCAGUGCGGUGACAGAGCUCGCAGAGCGGCUGUGCGGAAGUUCUUUCAUCCGUGCUGCAGGAGGGGUUCGCCUCUCUCUCUGCGAUUAUUCUCGCCACAACUUUACUGGGAUAAAAGAGGGGGAAAAGCGCGACUCCCGCACGAUACCCAGCCCGUUCGGAGUUGGCCGCCUUCUCUACGCGCUCACCUGGUCGCCGGCAACGUGUAGGCUCUCCCAGCACCCCGCGAUGACUAGGCCGAGUCACAGUGAACAUGUCCUCCAGCAGCUCAACAACCAGCGCGAGUGGGGCUUCCUUUGCGACUGCUGCAUCGCCGUGGGUGACAUUUACUUCCGAGCCCACAAGGCCGUGCUGGCGGCCUGCAGUUCCUACUUCCGGAUGAUGUUCAUCAAGGACCAGCAGGUGAUGGCGCGCGUCAACCUGAGCAACAUGCAGAUCAGCGCCGAGUGCUUCGACCUCAUCCUGCAGCUUAUGUACCUGGGUCGCAUCUCCGUGGGCAGCUACGAGUUUGACGAGCUCAAGGCCGCCAUGGUCUACCUGCAGAUGUACUACAUACCUGACUCCUUGGACGACCUCAAAGAUGUCCACAAUUCCAACCUCGUGCCCUCGUCAUCUUCUUCGUCGUCCUCGUCGUCCUCGUCGUCUUCCUCCUCCGCACUGGCUCUAGCCGGGAGGAAGAUGAUGUUCGGCGUGCGCAUGUACGAGCAGCAGCUGCAGCGUCAGGGAGCGGCUGAAGGGCAGCGCUCGCAGACGGCCACGGGUUCCUCUUCUGCCCUUCAGGGCAUCGGAGGCUCUGCUGCCGGCGUAGGCAAGCACGCGGAUGACGUGGGGCUGUCCCUCAGCUUGCCCAUGCUGAUGGACAGCGUGGCAGAGCAGCCCUGUGAUCUGCGCAAGAAGCCAUCGGGCAGGAGCGCCACCAUGAAGGAGCGGCCACGCUUCGGGCGCACGUACACGUGCGACGACUGCGGCUUCGUCUUCAGCUGCGAGAAGCUCCUCAUUGAGCACAUCCUCACCUGCACGAACCGCAAGGCCUUCCUGGCUCCCAAGGCAGUUGCCGGGCCGGACAAUGACUCCAGCAAGGCGGAAAGCUCCGCCUCCGAGGGCUCCGAGGACCACGGAGACGUCUGCAAAGGCGAGGCCGACGGGCUCAACUGCAAGUCUGACAAGGAGGCCUUCAGCAAAGAGACCGUGAUCCGCUCCGUGGGCGCAGGCUCGGACCAUCAAGCCAAGUCGGUGAGAAACAGCAUCAUCAUCAAAGUGGAGCCGGAGGAGAGCUCCGAGCUGGAUGCCAUCCAGGUGGUGCAGGUGGGGGAGAACUGCCGGGAAGGAUGCAGCAUGCUGAGGAGACGGUACAAGGAUCUGGUCAGGGACCAGGGCGCCUUUGACCACGACGAGGACGUCGGCGUCUCCGCUAUGGAAGACUGCAGCGACCCCUUUGAGGGUCACAUGUCCACUAGCGAGGACAAGAGCACGGGCACGCGGGUGCGGCAGAUCAAGGAGGAGAAGGAAGGCCGGGUGUGCCUGCCUUGCGAGCUGUGCGGCGCCCUGCUGACGGAGGACGACCAGUCCGCCCACUACAUCGCCAGUCACAUGGGCCACAUCUGCGCCUGCGGCAAGUGUGGCCAGAUCCUCAUCAAAGGCAGGCAGCUGCAGGAGCACGCCGAGCGCUGCGGGGAGCCCCAGGACGCCGAGACGGACUCGCUGGGGGACGACUCGCUGUCGGAGGAGCGGCAGGUCAUGGAGGAGAGUCUGAUGGAGGCCGACGGGCCUUUCGAGGGCGAGCUGGGAGGCCACUGCCACGACUACGCCGAUGACGGCUGCCUGGCCUUUCGCUGUCCGCACUGCGGCGUGCACCUGGAGGGCGAGCGGCAGGCCGUGGAGCACGUGGCCCAGUGCCCCGAGCAGGAGCUGCUGCGCUCCUCGCUGCUGGAGGAGGGCGAACGGGACCACCGGCGCAAGCACUUCUGCAGCAUCUGUGGCAAGGGCUUCUACCAGCGCUGCCACCUGCGCGAGCACUACACCGUCCACACCAAGGAGAAGCAGUUCUCCUGCCAGACGUGCGGCAAGCAGUUCCUGCGCGAGCGCCAGCUGCGGCUGCACAAUGACAUGCACAAGGGCAUGGCGCGCUACGUGUGCCCCGUGUGCGACCAGGGCACCUUCCUCAAGCACGACCACGUGCGACACAUGAUCUCCCACCUGUCGGCCGGCGAGACCAUCUGCCAGGUGUGCUUCCAGAUCUUCCCAGGCAGCCAGGACCUGGAGCAGCACAUGGAUGUGCACCUGUACAUCUGCGGCGUGUGCGGGGAGAAGUUCCGCCUGCGCAAGGACAUGAGGAGCCACUACAAUUCCAAACACACCAAACGAUUAUAAUGACGGGAGGUGGACGUGCUUUUGUUUUUCUACUAACGCGUGCAGACGCGAUGGCCCUUGUGCUUCUUGGUGUCUGCGUUUGUCUGGUACAGAAGCCAUAAAUGUGAGAACAACAGUAACCACCUCAGCACCAAAAAAUAAUUAAUUAAAGACAAAAAAAAAAAAAAAAAAACUAGCGUCAAACAUAACUUCCAAACCGUAUGAAUAUAAGCUGCAAUAUACAUUUAUGUAACGUUACAUUUUCAAGCAGGGCACCUAAUACAGUAUAUCAGUGUAUAACAAGCAUAUGUAGUAGUAUUGCGUGUACGUUUUUAUUCUCACUCACGUACGUACAUUUCAUUUGGUGCAGGAUGUUGCUGCGAUGUCGCUCGUUUCGGCCUGCGUGCGAUUUGGCUCGUAUCACGACUAUCGGUGUAGAUUUUGGCAGACCUUCCCUGAACGGGCCUCUCCGGAUAUUUAGUGGGCCCUACUUUAUUUAUUUAUUUAUUCUUUUGUUUACGAGAUGCCUACUUUGUUACCCACAUCCAGUAUGGUUUUGUGCUUCGAUCCAUUUUCCUGUUGGCCUCGGAGAUGAAAAGUGGUUUUUGGCUUCUAGUGUUUUCCUGUUCCCAGAAAAGCACAUCAGCGAACCUUUGACAGCCGUCCGAUCCCCUGGGGAAGCUUUCCCGACUCCAGGAUGCGAGUGUGGGGGGGGGGGGGGAGGGAUGACGCAACACUUGGACUGGCACGCCGAACAGGGUUUUACCGCGCUGCGUCACAGCUGGAGUGUUAUAUUUAAGGUCACCUGCCUCUGCCACCCAGGGAACGGUGCUGCCGCAGAAGGCGAAGGUGCGCGUGAAAAGUGCCGCUACGUCGCCUGAUUCAGAACACUAGGAGCCGUGUGUUCGGCGUCGCCUGCGCCGACUCGGUGCACGUGGACGUUCGCGCUCAAGUCCUUGUUUGAUCCAUUUCAUGUUAACAGCUGUAUCUUUGCUAAUGCAACAAUGUUCUUUUGCUCUGCCUGUUAUGUUUACAUUUUUUAAAAAAAAAAAAAAAAUCUUAAUACAUUUUCUUCCUGCCUUUUUUUUUUUUCUUAUUUUAAGAAAUAUUGUUAGCUAUGUGUGAUAUCAAAGUUCUUAGCGAUUCAACCCCUUUUCGCACUCUGUGGCACAUUUGGGUAGGAAAUGGUACCCCGGCUUUUGAAAUCCCUGACGAGCUCACCCUCAAAUUUUCUGGAUAGUUCUGAGAAAGUGGUUUAAGAUUCCGUGCCUCGUAGGAGAUUGUAAAUUGAAUUUUCAAGAUGUACGAGCAGUCUCGGAGGAGCUGGAUUAGUAGAGCAGGUGAAGAUUAUAGAGUUAUACACGUAAAAUUCCCUGCCAAAACGGCUCUGGCCUGCUUCUCCUGGGCAUACGGGGGAAAAAAGUCAGAGAUAUUGUGUCUUUGCACCUUUUUCUGCAAACUUUGUUACAUAUAACUUAUGUAUACAUUUAACAUUUCAAUCGAUGGACCCGAUACGUGGUCGGAUCCAUAUCUGAUUAGUGUAUUGUUGUAACUUGACUUUGUUAUCUUAUAAAUACCAUCGUUUUUUUGGUUUAUUGAUAAUUGAGUUUGGUAAUGAGAAUAUGCAUCUUGCCAUAUUUCACUUUUUUUUUU